AUGGCUGAGCUUUUUGUAAAUGUGACUGCCACUUCUGAAACACAAAAUGUUUCUGUCCUAUGGUACCUCUGGUGUACAAAACUCAGUGGCGGAACACAACGAAUGUUUUCAGUGGAAAAUGGAGCACAGGAGAGAAAGUUUGUUGGAGGUGCUGGUCAGGUUAGUGAGAAGUUAAUGGAGCUUCUUAAGGAUCGUGUUAAAUUAGAGAGACCAGUGGUGAGGCUUGAUCAGACUGGUGAAAAUGUCAUUGUGGAGACCUUAAACCAUGAAGUCUAUCAGGCCAAGUAUGUUAUAAGUGCUAUACCACCAAUUUUAACUGCAAAGAUUCAUUUUAAUCCUGAGCUGACACCUAUUAGAAAUCAGUUAAUUCAGAGGCUUCCAAUGGGAUCUGUAAUAAAGACCAUGAUGUAUUACAAGGAAGCAUUUUGGAGAAAACUUGAUUACUGUGGAGCUAUGUUUAUUGAUGAUGAAGACACUCCAGUUGAGAUUACCUUAGAUGAUACAAAGCCUGAUGGUUCAUGCCCAGCUAUAAUGGGUUUUAUUUUAUGCAGAAGAGCAUCUAAAUUGACACAUCUUACUAAGGAGGAGAGAAAGAGAAGAAUAAGUGAGUACUAUGCCAAAGCAAUGGGAACUGACAAAGCUUUACAUCCUGUACAUUAUGAGGAAAAGAAUUGGAGUGAGGAACAGUAUUCUGGGGGCUGUCACGCUGCCUACUUCCCACCAGGAAUCAUGACACAGUAUGGAAGUGUCAUUCGGCAGCCCUGUGGAAAACUUUACUUUGCUGGAACGGAAACCGCUACUCAGUGGAGUGGAUACAUGGAUGGAGCAGUCCAGGCUGGGGAGAGAGCCGCCAGAGAGGUAAUGUGUAAAAUGGGACUCAUUACGGAGAAUGAAAUAUGGUUGCCUGAACCAGAGAGUGCGGAUGUUCCUGCACUACCAUUUAAUAGAUCGUUCUUGGAAAGAAAUUUGCCAUCAGCUCAAGGAUUUGUUAGGUUCAUUGGCUACUCUACGUUCAUUGCUUCGGCAACUGCUCUUGGGUUCUUUGCAUACAAGAAAGGCUUCAUUGCUCAUGUUAAAUAAGUUCACAAUACUGGUCUCAUUUUCAUGGUGACAAUCAGCCGAUUCUGUUGUGUUAUUUGGUAUACACAGCGUAUAAGCCACAUGCCACGUUAACCUUAUCUCUUAGAGCUCAUGCACACAAACGUAUUUUCUUUCCGUGUCCAUUAG